CGUUCUUCUCAGAAUUCACUCACAAAAGGAAGAAGCAUCAUGGGUGCCAACUUUUCGACGUAUGUUGAAAAAUCAUCACCCUCAUCGUUGAUCCUUACCUUCAAUUCCACUGCUAAAUGGAAGGCUCAUUUUGAUGCCUCCAAAGAAACUAACAAGCUGAUGGUGAUCGACUUCACCGCUACGUGGUGUGGACCUUGCAAGUACAUGGACCCAAUUAUCAAAGAAUUUGCUGCAAAAUACACGGACGUGGAGUUCAUCAAGAUAGAUGUGGAUGAGUUAAUGGAGGUGGCACAGGCUUUCCAGGUUCAAGCGAUGCCAACAUUUAUACUAAUAAAGAAAGGGAAAGUAGUGGAAAAGGUGAUGGGAGCCAAAAAGGAAGAGUUGCAGAAGCUGAUUGAGAAACGCAGGAACUGAGUGUGUACUAAUAAAUCUAUGUAUCUUGUAGUCGUGAUCCAUGACUCUGUUACAUAUAAUCCAAGUACUGUAGAAGAAAUAAGACCAACUAUAAUAUUGGCUUUGCUGUCUGUGUAAUGUGUAGAUCUAGAUGUACGAUAUAUGUUCAGCAUGCAAUGCAUGCAUAUGUAUUGUAGUUGCUAACUGAUAUGAAAAAAAAUAGAUGAUGUAUAUAUGUCAUCUAUCACAAACUAUAAUAUAUUAUAAAGUAUAACCUGGUUGAUUUU